CGCAGGCGCAGGCGGGGGCGUCUCGCAUCCCCGAGAGGGAGCCGACUCCGUCCCGGAGCGAUGCUGGAGCGGUCGGAGGAGACCUUGGCCCCGGCCCCGCUGCCUCCGGUAGAGGCCCGAAGGAGGGCCCGCCGAGAAAGCUUCCAACAACACCAAGAAGGGCUGGCUGAAGGAAAGGGGAUGGCUUAUUUUGCCAAAGAAGUUCAACUUACUAAAAAACAUGAAGAAAUACUAGCACAAAGAUUAUUGUUACUUCAAGAAAUGGAAAAUGAUCACAUUGGUCAGAAGACUGAAAAAAAGGCAUCUCACAUAAAAGCAGCUAAGCUAGCCUAUAAAAGGAAUAAAAGCCUUUUAAACGAUAUAAGAACAUUAGAAGAGAAACUUGAAAAGAAGUUACAUUUACGAUCAUAUCCUGAAAUGGUUAAUCUUCAGACUCUCUACUGGGCAUUAGUAGAAGAACAAGCCCCCAAGUGGGAGCAGUUUCUUUUAGGAAGAACACAAUAUCCCACUGGUGUUAUAUAUCAAAAUCCAGCAGGAAAUGACAUCAAAGGUGCUACCGAGAGAUAACCACAAUAAAGAUGUAAUUUCUCCUUGGGGGUCUGAUAUAGAACACCUGUUUAGUAAAGCAAAAUGUAUCUGCACAUUGUAUAAAUCCAAAGGAAUUUGUUCAUCUGAAUGUCUAUUCUGUUACCUAAAUAUUUGACAAUAGGGAGAAUUUUUAAAUUUAAUGGAAAUUUUGUCAAACCAGGAUUGAAAUACAUUGCAGCCUUUUUAAAGAAUGAUGAAAAUUGUUUUUACUUUUAAUCUGUCAUUUCAUUAAACUUUUAGGAGUGUAAAAGAAAAUUUGGAAAAUGAACUGAAAUAAAUUGUUAAGAUGUG